AAGCAUACCAAAUGCCCUCCUCUCCCCCUCAGACGGAGCAGAUCUGCUCCGCAUCCCGCAGCAACCCGGAGAGACAGCGCAACUACAUCACUGCCCCUGCCUCCUCCUCACAGCGUUGGUCGCCAUCCAUCCCCUCUCCUCCUCCUCCUGUACCAUAACAGAUGGUGGGAACAACACAGCAUCCACCGGGUACUACAACAAUAGACCGCAGCAUCCGGUGCACACGACGCGGGCCUCGCACCACCAUGCUGCCGGGGCAGGACUGCGGACAGCUCUGAGGUGUGCCGACGUGGAUUAUUUCACGCGGUCCCAGCACCUCCACGGCCACGGGAGGAACCUUCUUGUGACUGUUCUGGGCUCUCCAUCGAGCGAGGAAGAUGGCCGCUAUGAAAAUAUUAACCAGCGCAGGGCUCUUCUUGGCUUUCUGUGCGCUGGGGCUUCUCGCCAUGGCGAUCUGCACCGACUAUUGGUACGAAACAGACGCGAGGAAGCACCGGGAGAGGUGUAAGAACUAUGGCAACAAGCCCAACAAGCCUAACGACCCCGGUUACGGCUACAUCUCAAACCACAACCUCCCCCUCCAGAUGCCUCCAAAGAGCCAGGAGCGGAGAGGCGGCGGCCCGGAUGUUGCUCCUCUCAUCGGCUGGAAGCGCCACUUCUACGGGAGGGACGCCAUCGCGUCGGCGAUGGAGUCCCACUGCAGCCGGCAGUUCAACUCCACCGUGUCCGGGCUCUGGAGGAAGUGUCACCGGCAAGGCUUCGACCUGGAUACCGAGGACCUGAUAUACAAAGGAAUAAUUCAAAGAUGUACUCCUGUCAAGUACCACUAUUCCUCGUCCAUCCUUCCACGAAAUUUACCCGUCAACAUCACAAAGACCAUACGCCAGGAUGAGUGGCAUGCACUCCAUCUGAGAAGAAUGACGGCUGGCUUCGUGGGCAUGGCCGUGUCCAUCAUUCUGUUUGGCUGGGUCAUUGGAGUGUUGGGGUGCUGCCAGCAGCAUGACCUCAUGCAGUAUGUAGCUGGGCUACUCUUUCUCAUGGGAGGAACAUGUUGCAUCAUCUCCCUCUGCACAUGCGUGGCAGGAAUCAACUUUGAGUUGUCCCGCUACCCGCGCUACAUGUACGGCCUCCCAGAAGACAUUAGCCAUGGCUAUGGCUGGUCCAUGUUCUGUGCCUGGGGGGGACUCGGUCUCACCUUGCUGGCUGGCUUCCUCUGCACCUUGGCUCCCUCCCUGAGCACACCUGCCCGCACGACAACCCACAAACCGAGGCAGGAGAACGGAACCGUGUGACGAAGGAGUCAGCCAACUCACCAGACACACAAGCCGCACCCUUCCAACUUGAUGUUUAACUCUGAGACAGUUUUAGUCUAAUUACUACCACGUCACAGCACCCCCAACAUCGCCAUCCUCCGUCAGUGUGCCGUGUGCCUAAGUUGUGAUAGAAGCAGAAAAAUAACAACAAAUUUCACACAUUGAAUAUUUUUGAUGGAGCUGGGGGACGAGCAACCUGUACAGCAGCAAAUGACUGACGAUCGAUAGCACAACGUGGACAUUUGUUUGUUUUUGUGUUUCGACUCCUGAGAGUUUGUGGCGAUCUAAUGGUGACUGUUUUCUCUGAGGAGAAUUUGUCUUAAAAAGGUGCUCUUUGAAAAACAUAAAGCCACUCACACUCCUAUUAAGGAAACACACAUAUCAGCUUUUACACAAAAGCUUGAUUCCUCUGGAUUAACCUUGAGAACACAAACACAAGAAAAUCAGUUUUAGAGCAUCCUGUCUGGAUUUUUGAAGAUGUGUGUUUACUGUUUGUAAAUUUAAAGAAAAAGAAAAUGCUAGCAGUGAUGUUUCAUUGCAUAAAUCAGACGGCCGGAUGUGAUAAACUACUCCAAAUAUGUCUGCAGCGUCUGAUGGACCCAGCAGGAUUACAAAUACACAAAAGUAUUCUUAUAAAAUGUUACAUCAAGUAGAAUUAAAUCAUUAUUUGUAAAAUGUAGAUUUUUUUUAAAAUAUUUGUCUGAUUUAAGUGGGUUGAAGAGUUGAAUCUAUUAAUGAAAUCAUCAUAGACAUUUUUUAAUGAUUACAAAAAUAUAAAAAAAGCACUGAAACAGCAGCUGCUAGUUGGUGAUUUAAAGGUGUGGUUCACUGCUCUGAUUGCUAUAGGUCACUCUGAGAUUUUCAUGCAGGCUGAACAUGAAAAUAGUCUCCUACACCUAUCUCCUGCAUUAGCUUCUGAUAGAAAACAGACGGUGACACUCUAGGAUUAGAAAAUCCUAACAGAUCUACGUCACACUGUCACUUAACAUUCAUGGACGCUCACAACGGGGAAGGCUGUUGUUGGUUUAGCGUCCAGGAAACAUCAGAGGACUUCUUGGCUAGUAGAAGCUAACUGUUAGCAUUAGCAACUCUACCACACAGCAGAACUCCUCCAAGCUUGUGGUUAUCUGUGGAGAUCAAACAGCAACGUUGCAGAGCGAACAGAGUCAGUAGAGUUGCGUUGCUGUUAGCCAAUCAGAGGAGAGAUGUCCAAAUGUCAGGAUGUAAGACUCCAAAUCCUGUCGUCUGAAGCUCAGCUAUGAUUUCUAUUUCCUGAAAAAGAUGCACCAGUGCUUUGUUUCCCCAGAGUAAGCGUUACAAGGUAUUCGUUCCAACUAGAGACCACUGCAAAUGUAUUCUAGUGAUCCACACCUUUACUGAUGACCCAGUUGUCUGCUGGCAGCUUAAACAAAACCCGAGAGUGAAUCAAUGAAACCAAACUACAGAAUAAGUAUUUAUUUUGAUUUUCUUCAACGUCCGUCAGCAUUUUUGUACUGGGCAUUCAAUAAAAAAAAAUAAAGCCAUUGUUACAGUGUUGUUGCAACAUCAGACAUUAAAACACAAUAUCUUCAUAUACUGUUAAACAUGUGAUUAUACACAUAAAAGAUGGAAGACGUAGAUGAUAAUCGUAAUUAAAACCUUAUUAAACAUUUAAUUUUAAUGUGUUUUUUAUGAGUAUUAAGUGGCACAAAAACAGAAAUGUAGUUAUUCAUCUAGAAAACACACUUGAGGCUGUUUACCUGUUAACAAUUUUUAACCUUUUGAUCUUUAAACCCUGUUUUAUACCAAGAAAUACAAACUGAUUGAGUGCUGAUCUAAAGGAAAGUACAAUGUGCUAGAUUUAAUUACACUUUGGUGGUUUAAUUGUAGACAUAGACCUGGUGUUGGGGGAAAUACCCAAACAGUAAUGUUGCUACGCAUUCUGACAGCGCAUAAUUAUGAUGCAUUUAAUUAACAUUUUAUUUUAUCUUUCAAAUUUAAAUGUAAAAACAUCUCCUUAAAGUGAUCGGUUGCUUUUUUUUGGUCAUUUUUUUGUAAGUGUAUGCAAACAGAAUGUUUGGAGAACAUUUUGGGAGUUACUUUGGUAAGUUAGGCAACAGCACAAUAAUAGAUAAAGACAGUUAUUUAUUAUUUCAUUUAUUUAAAUUAAAAUUAAAUAAAACAUUGGCGUUGAAAUAGACUAAAGGUAAAUUUGAGCAUUUUAAGUGUUUUGUGUAAAAAAUAAUGUCUUACUUGUGGUGGUCAUUCUGAAUGGCCUCAGGUUGGACUGAUAAGCUAACAGCUAGUUUAAGAACAGCCAAAACCAAAGCUUGUUUCCACUGUCUUAAAAAAAGUUCCAAUAUUUCAAAUUUUGCGGCAGUUUAGGCACAACUUUUUUUUUUUUUUAGAAACUAUUACAUCACUUUCUUAUUUUGGAAGUCAGUUUCUAUGGACCUAAUCACCUGAUGCACCAGAAGAGCUACACCUUCCUGCCACACAGUGAAAUGCAAACUUGAGUUGAUGGACAUUAUAAAACAUUUGUCUGAACUUCUAUGAAACUUUUAAGAUUAGUGUUUUUGUAAGUCUUUCCACCGAAGGCAUACUCCAUGCGUAACAUUGGUGAAGCGUAGUACGCAGCAAUUAGCUGCUGUUUUAGUGGAUGUGUGCGUUACCACCAGCCACAAACUGUUGCAUUUGGGAUGGAUACAAUAUAAUAUUUAUAUUGUACAAACGUGAAAGUUAAAUUGUUGGAAAAAUAAAGUUAGGAUGUUAUUAC